GGGCGAAUCCGGAUAUGGUCGGGUUCCAAUACGGGUACCGGACACGGGAAAUAAAAAAAAAAUGUUAAUGACUUCUAGAUCUAGUAGCUUCUUCAUUGUCCUUAAAUACAUUACUAUAUAUACAGACACACUCUUCAAAAGGAGCUUGGAUUAUAUAAGGUUGUCCCUUACUUGUGCUUUACCAUUAUAAAUAAAUCCCCUUGUUGUCUCUGAAAUUUAGCUCUAACAUAACACCAGAUUAAUCCCUCAUUGUCUCUGAAAUCAAAUUUCAUUUGGUGAAUAAGGUGAAAUGGGAAGAAAACUAUGUUGUUCUAAAGAAGGUCUAAAGAAAGGUGCAUGGACACCAAAAGAAGAUAUGUUGCUUACUGAAUACAUGAAGGAACAUGGUGAAGGUACUGGUUGGAGAUCUCUUCCUAAGAAAGCUGGGCUAUUAAGAUGUGGCAAGAGUUGUAGAUUAAGAUGGGUAAAUUAUCUGAAGCCAGGACUCAAUAGAGGUACUUUUACACCUGAAGAAGAUGAUCUUAUUGUUAGACUUUAUACUCUUCUAGGUAGUCGUUGGUCCCUAAUUGCUGGAAGAGUACCUGGUCGAACGGAUAAUGACAUCAAGAAUUAUUGGAACACGCAUCUUCUCAAGAAACUCAAAGCUCAAGGAAAUGAGCCAAGACACAAAUAUGUGGGUAAACACACUCGAAGAAGAACAAAGGAGAAAUCAAAUGACUCUUCCCAGAUUAGUAAAAAAUGUAACAAGGAAAAGAAGAAGAGAAGGGAGAAGAAGGGAAAAAUUGAAGAAAAUUGUGAAAUUGGAGACAAAGAUCAAGUAGCCAUAAAGACAGAGGAGCAGUGUCGUACACAAGAUUUUGCGCAAGCAGCUAGUUCUUAUAACAGUCAAGAUGGAACAAGCAGUGUUGCCUCAAAUAGUGAAGUAGCUGGUGAGAAAGAAUUAGUUUCUUGCAAUGUCCAUUGUUCUUCUCAAAAUAUUGAAGAUAAAAACCAAGAUGAAAUUUAUGAGAAGCUCCAAGUGAUUGAUGAAUUACUACUUAAUGACAAUUGCCUUGUUGCACUUAAUCAAUGCACAGAGAUCAAUAGUGAAAGCCACAUGCUAUUGGAAGGUGUCUAUGAAGAGUAUUUUCAACUUGUUUCCGAAAAUUCAUGUCAUUUUUAUUAAAGGUAAUAAUGCACAUUAGUAUUUCUUUUGUCGGUUUAAUUUAAGUCAAGAUGACCUUUGAGGUUCUAAUGAGACAUGUAUAUUUUUAUUCAAUAAAUAAAUAAGACUUUUGUUUCACCUG